UGUGAGGACCUGGAGUCAGUGCUGCAGCAGAAGGAUGUGGAGCUGAAGGCCUCCGAGACACAGAGGAGCAUCCUGGAGCAGGACCUGGCUACCUACAUCACAGAGUGCAGCAGUCUGAAGCGUAGUCUGGAGCAGGCCCGUAUGGAGGUGUCUCAGGAGGACGAUAAGGCUCUGCAGCUUCUCAAUGAUAUACGAGAGCAAAGCAACAAGCUACAGGAGAUCAAGGAGCAGGCCAAGGAGCAGGGGAAGGCGGAGGUGGAGGAGCUUCUCUCCAAACUGCAGAAGGUCAACACGGAGCAACAGACCAAAAUCCAGGAGCUGGAGGACAAACUUGUUAAGGCAGUGAAGGCGAGUACGGAGGCCUCUGACCUCCUGCAGAGCGUGCGGCAGGCCAAGGAGCGCAUGGAGAGAGACCUGGAGCGCCUGCAUACCAAAGAGGACAACAGCGACAGCCUGCGCAGACGCCUGCGAGAGACAGAGGAUGGCCGUAAGACUCUGGAGAACCAGGUAAAGCGCCUGGAGAUUGUGGAGCGCAGGGAGAGCAAGCUGAAGGAGGACAUGCAGACUAAAUCACAACAAAUACAACAGAUGGGCGACAAAAUCAGGGACCUGGAGGAGAAUCUGAACUGUGGUUGCAUUGCAUUGGGAUGGUCAGAUCUGGGGAUGGAGGCCCACUACGCCAUGCUCAUCUGGAGACAGAAGCAGAAGGAGAGACUCUUUGAGGACAAGAUUAAGGUCCUAGAGGUCCAGAUGAAGGCUGACCUGGCUGAUAAGGAGGCUCUGGAGUCCAAGCAGAACACCUAUGAGGAGGAGGCCCGAGAGAGCAGCAAGCUCAUCAGCGAGCAGAAGGCUACUAUUAAUGCCAUGGACUCCAAAAUGAGUAGUCUGGAGCAGAGGAUCGCUGAGCUGUCUGAGGCUAACAAGCUAGCGGCUAACAGCAGCAUCUACACUCAGAAGAACAUGAAAGCACAGGAAGAGAUGAUCUCGGAGCUGCGGCAGCAGAAGUUCUACCUGGAGUCUCAGGCCGGCAAGCUGGAGGCCCAGAACGCCAAACUGGAGGAGCACCUGGAGAAGAUGAGCCAGCAGGAGCAGAGCCACAAGAGCAGAGUCCUGGAGCUGGAGACCAGACUACGAGAGAUCGGUCUGGAGCACGAGGAACAGAAGCUGGAGAUCAAGCGGCAGGUGUCGGAGCUGACCCUGUCACUGCAGGAGAGGGAGUCCCAGAUCACGGGCAUCCAGGCGGCCAGGCACGCCCUGGAGAACCAGCUGCAGCAGGCCAAGACCGAGCUGGAGGAGACUACUGCAGAGGCAGAGGAAGAGAUCACUGUACUUAGGGCCCAUCGUGAUGAGAUCCAGCGGAAGUUUGACGCCCUGAGGGACAGCUGUGCGGUGAUCACAGACCUGGAGGAGCAGUUGACACACCUGACCCAGGAGAACGCUGAGCUGAACCGCCAGAACUUCUACCUGUCCAAGCAGCUGGAUGAGGCCACGGAUGAGAGGGAGGAGAACCUGCAGCUGGACGAGGACCACUCCCACGCGGUGGCUGACCGGGAGAUGCACCUCAACAACCAGAAACAGAACAUUGAGACCCUGAAGACGACAUGCACCAUGCUGGAGGAGCAGGUGGUGGAGCUGGAGACGCUGAAUGAUGAGUUCCUGGAGAAGGAGCGGCAGUGGGAGGCCUGGAGGUCCGCUCUGGACGAGGAGAAGAACCAGGCCGAGAGGAGAGCCAGGGAGCUGCAGAGACAGCUGGACAACGAGAAACAGAACAGGUUGCGAGCGGACCAGCGCAGUUCGGAGUCUCGGCAGGCGGUGGACCUGGCGGUCAAGGAGCACAAAGCUGAGAUCCUGGUGCUGCAGCAGGCCCUCAAGGACCAGAAGCUCAAAGCAGAGGGGCUCUCCGACACGCUAGGUGACCUGGAGAAGAAGCAUGGCAUGCUGGAGAUGAAUGCUCGUAGUCUGCAACAGAAGCUGGAGUCCGAGAGAGAUGUCAAGCAGAGGCUCAUGGAUGAGCAAGCGAAGCUGCAGCAGCAGCUGGACCUGCAGAAGAACCACAUAUUCCGCCUGACGCAAGGUUUGCAGGACGCUCUGGACCAGACUGACCUGCUGAAGACCGAAAGGACAGACCUGGAGUACCAGCUGGAGAACAUCCAGGCUGUGUACACCCAGGAGAAGGUGAAGAUGGAGGGAACCAUCACUCAGCAAACCAAACUCAUUGACUUCCUCCAGGCCAAGGUGGACCACCCGUCAAAGAAGAAAAAGCAGGGAAUCUUUGGUGGGCGCCGGAGAGAGGACCUGCUGGCUGCACUGGCCGCCCAGGGGCAGGGGCAGGGGCCCAAUGCGUCCGCUGUGACCCCCGUGCCACUGCAGUACAGUGAUCUGAAGAACGCCCUGGAGAAGGAACGAUCCCGCUGCUCAGACCUGGAGGACGCCUUGCAGAAGACCCGCCUGGAGCUGAGAGAUGCUCUCCAGUUUAAGGCGCUGGAUCACGGGGGCACCCCUGCCACCCCUGGGCUGGCCCGGCAGCAGCUCAUGAUGUCCACCAAGUCCAACAAGUCCCCUGAGCACCAGCCCAACCCGGGACCUCUGGGCCCCUCCAGCUCUGGACGCCGCAAGGAGAGCACCAACGAAGACAAAAGAAGGGUGACUUUCGAAAAGUACAGUCGGCGGGGGAAGGACCGCCUCCACCACAACUCCUCCCACCGCUUCACCCAGGGCCUCAACAUGCGCGCCGCCAAGUGCUCCGUCUGCCUGGACACUGUCCACUUCGGCCGGCAGGCCGCCACCUGCAUCGAGUGCCACACUCUGUGCCACCCCAAGUGCUCCCCGUACCUGCCCGCGUCCUGUGGCGUGCCCUCGGACUAUGCCAUCCAUUACUCAGAGGCGCUGUGCCGGGACAAGGGCAGCUCGUCCGGUCUGCCCCUGAAGGACAGCAGUGGGCACAUGCAUCUGGAGGCCUGGAUGAAGAUGCCCAGGAAUGGAAAGCGAGGACAGGGCUGGGAGAGGAAGUAUGUGAUGCUGGAGGGAACCAAAGUGAUCAUCUACGACACGGAGCCCAGAGAAGACUCAGUUAAGGCGGUGGAUGAGUUUGAGCUGUGUAUCUCGGAUGGAGAAGUGGUGGUACAUGGAGCUGUAGGGGCGUCAGAGCUGCCAAACACAGCCAAGUCAGACAUGGCGUUCGUGCUGAAGCUGGAGUCCCACCCCCACCCCCACACGGCAUGCUGGCCGGGGCAGACACUCUACUUCAUGGCGUCCAGCUUCCCCGAGAAGCAGCGCUGGACCGCCGUCAUGGAGGCGCUGGUUGCCGGGGGACGAGGCUCGCGGGAGAAGGCCGAGGCCGACGCGAAGCUGCUGGGGAACUCGCUGCUGAAGCUGGAGGGGGAUGACCGGCUGGACAUCAACUGCACACUGCCUCUCACCGAUCAGUUACUCAGUAGGUGUUAUGUGUUAUAUAGUAGGUGUAUUGUGCAUGUUUGUCCUGUAGGGGACGAGAGGGCACUGUGUCUGGUGGAGAUUAAGAAGGUGAAGCUGUCACUGUCCCAGGCCCACCUGCCCACGCUGCCCGAACUCGCCCCGUUCAUCUUCGAGACGGUCAAGGGAUGCCACCUGUUUUCUGCGGGCAGGAUUGACAACGGGUCCUGCAUCUGUGCAGCGAUGCCUAAUAAAGUGACAAUCCUACGCUACAAUGACAAUCUCAGCAAGUUCUGCAUCCGUAAGGAGAUCGAGACGCUGGAACCCUGCAGCUGCAUCCUCUUCACCAGCUACAGCAUCAUCAUCGGAACCAACAAGUUCUACGAGAUCGAGAUGAAGCAAUACGUACUCGAGGAGUUCCUGGAUAAGAACGACCUGUCUCUGGCGUCGGCUGUGUUCGCGGCCUCUGCCCACAGCUUCCCCAUCAGCAUCAUGCAGGUGUCCAGCGCCCCUCAGAAGGAAGAGUACCUGCUCUGCUUCCACGAGUUUGGAGUGUUCGUGGACUCGUACGGCAGGAGGAGCCGUCCCGAUGACCUCAAGUGGAGCAGAGCUCCGCUGGCCUUCGCGUUCCGAGAGCCAUAUCUGUUUGUGACGUACUUCAACUCUUUGGAUGUGAUGGAGGUCCUGAGUCAUUCUCCUCUGGGACCGUCAGCGUGGGCGCACCUGGACAUUCCAAACCCGCGCUACCUGGGCCCCGCCAUCUCCUCCAGCGCCAUCUACCUGGCCUCGUCCUACCAGAACAAGCUACGGGUCAUCUGCUGCAAGGGCAGCCUGGUGCGCGAGUCUGGCGAGCUACACCGGACAGGCUCCAGCCGGAGACUGGAACCAGGGGACAGCUCUGACGUGGACGCUCUCUUUUACGACCACAACAGCAGUCCCAACAAGCGUGGGCCGCCCACCUACACGGAGCACAUCACCAAGCGCCUGGCCUCGGGGCCGUCCAGCCAGGACGGGGGGGGGCUCCACCGCGAGCCCAGCACCCCGCACCGCUACCGCUGAGGGCGACCGAAGUUCCGCCGCACAUUAAGUCGCCGGGCGCCGCGAAAGGCCGAGAAGUCGCCCGGCAGGGUCCUGGACAGCCGCAGGGAGCGCUCGCCGGCCCGGUUCGACGAGCAGCGGGGCAGCGGCCGCCUCCACGCCAGCUCCAGCUCCGUCCGCACCCAGCUCACACCCGUCAACAAGGUGUGGGACCAGUCUUCGGUCUGAGGACUUCGCCAGUGGACCCCAGCAGGAGGAGUAGGGGCAAUAAAGAGCUAAGAGCCAUAAUUGUACCCCAUGCGGGGACAAAAUCCAUUACCAUACCCCACAGGGGGCAGAUCCUCAGCCCCACUGCCUGUGCCAUGCACAUUUGCCGUUCCUUUGCUUCUCCGUUUCAGACGCUCUCUUGCACAGUGGACCACCUUCCAUCUAGAGUGUCAUGACGACGCAUUGUGUGUUUGUUUUGAGAUAUUAAAACACUUGACAUGCUGAUUUAUUUCAUAAAAGUGAUUUAUCAAUGCCCAAAGCCACAAGCAAUGUGCAAAUCCGUUUUGCGUAUAAUCUUUCCUCAUGUAAAAUUUCUAUGGAAUUAUUCUUCAGAUUGAAGUUGGCAUUCAGUGCCCUGAAUGUUUCAAGUGUAGCAGGUUGUGCAUUGUAAACACAUGGGAAGGGUGUGUGUGUGUGUGUGUGUGUGUGAUUAGGAAGGUCACUGACUCUGAAGGUGAAAGAAGACACAGAAUUAUAAACCAAUCUUACUGAGCCCAAUGUAAAAGCACAUCAUGAGGCAAUUGCUCUGUCGCUAGCCUGGCUACUUUUAACAGUUUUAAAUUCGCACGUGACACACGUCACGUGACUUCCUCGUUGAUGAUUUGUUGGCCAAUUAAUCAACCAGCAUGACACAACAUCAACUGUAACAGUUAUUUAAGAAGAAGAAAAACUUUAAUUUGUUGGCAGAUGUAAUGUGUAGGGCUUUUGAUGUAUAUAUUUGGCAUGAUCUUACUGGUUCACAGUUUAGCUCCAUAUCAGCUGAACCCCAACAGUAAUCCACCCAGAGCAAUCACAUUCAUCUUAGAGUGGUAAACUCCCAAACUUCCAGUCUAAGGAGAACAGUUCUAAAGCGCAGCUCAGCUAGCCAAAUGCUAACCGACAGAGCAGUUGCCCCCCAUAGGUUUAACAUUGCUUCAAUACUGUAAAUAGAAUCAUCUGUUUUUAUAGUCCAAGGGUAUAAGAGGCUGGGUUGAGCCAAGACUAUUUUUAUGAACAACGUGUUUGUAAUGAGUGUUGAGACCAGAGUUCCCUACUUGAACAGAUGAAAAUGAUCAAAUACUUUGAGAUAGUGGGCCUAGUUACUUUGGGAAGUAACAACUAAUACCUGACUGAGUUGAUAUCAUGGAGGGAGAAAGCCGGUUUCAGCUUGUAAUACAUAAUACGAAGGAGACCCAGUAUGUUCUGCUACAAGUGUCCUUGUGCUGUUCCUGUUACCUUGUACUUUCUUGAGGCUAUUAGGCGUUUGCUUACUGGACUCAUUUGGAAGCUGGACACCCCUGCUAAGUGACUUCCAGCGGACAGUGUGGUCUAGCGCCCUCUGCUGCUUAGAUGACGGAUGAUCCUCUUCCAACUCCUCCCCCCACCCCGUGCUGUGACCGUUUAACUUCCAUUUGCCCUCAGGGUUCGUUGGGACUCUUAUCGCUUUGUUUUUCUUGUGAAAACUUCGCACUACAACAGCCGAACUGCAUCAACUGGUCUUCAGAGGAGGGUGUCACCAAAAAUCGGGAGCGCUCACGUCACAAACUCGAAGCAUGAGAUAAUCUUUCUCGAUUCUUUUGUUUGUUUUCUUUUCUUGUCAAGUUAUCACUUAUAUUGUGUAUUUGAUGAGUAAAAAUAUUGAUGUUUAAUGAUAACAAAUGGAGCUUUACCUGAUUUGUAAGGGAAGAUUAAAACACAACAUGAUUACUCAAAAGAUGCCUUGGGAUUUUUCCCCCCCCUUCACCCAGGUUACCGUUUAUGAAGGAGGGUUAUACAUGUAUUAAGUGCCACAUUCAGAUCAUGCACAUCUCAACUUAUGUUGCUUUUGCAAUUAGCAACUGGUUGUUAAAAACGCCAAUCAACAAAGACCAAGGUGAAAACAAAGGUGUCUAAUAGUGGCAAUGGUACGGUACAGUUCUCCAAGUAGCCUAUGCUAAGCUAAAGGUCAGACACUGUGAAGGUGCACUGGAGAAUAGGACCACACAGGGCUCACGGACACCAGAACAGGGAACAGUUGUGCAGCAAAGAGACGGUCCAGAAUAGAAUCUACUCACAGCUGGGUUGGAAUUUCAUUUUUUCAGUUUUAUUUCAUGUCUGUGACCAUAUCUAUUGAAAAGAUAAAGAUAACA